AUGACAAGCCAAAAUGGCCGUUUACACGGCCAUGCUGAAAACGGGGAUUCAGAUUUUGAUAAAGAGAAAAUAAACGGACCUCAGAUUUCAGCCGAGCAUCGAGAAUACCUCAUCCGCCGCCAUGGAGCAGCAGACCUAGAUCCGAUGCCUGCCAUGGACAAAGCAGAUCCUCACAAUUGGCCGUAUUGGAAAAAAAUGGCAAACUUGUUUCUCGUCGCUUUCCACGCUCUGAUGGGCCCAUUCACAGCAGCAGCAAUCAUUCCAUCCUACUCAGAAAUUGCGAAGAACCUUGGCAUCGCCAUGCAAACAGCCACAUAUCUGACCACUCUCCAAAUAGCCGUGUUAGCAGGCAGUCCACUGGUCUGGCGCCCGUUGAUCGAUCGUUUCGGCCGCCGACCCAUAUUCCUGUUGUCCUUGUUAUGUAGUGGAGUGGGAAAUAUUGGCUGUGCUGUGAGUCCCAGCUAUGGAUCCAUGGCAGCCUGUCGUGCCAUUGUGGCGUUUUUCAUUUCGCCAGCCACUUCGCUUGGGAGUGUUGUUGUUGCAGAAAGCUUUUUCAAGCAUGAGCGUGCCCGGUAUAUGGGCAUAUGGACUUUGCUAGUUACAGUCGGUGGGUUUCUUUCGCCGUUGUUAUUUGGGUUUGUCACUCAACGAAUUGGAUAUCGCUGGGUGUACUGGAUUUUAGCCAUUACCAACGCCGUUCAAUUCUUGCUCUACCUCGUCUUCGGCCCAGAGACCAGAUACAUGGGCCCAGAAGUAAAUAACAGAUCUGCCUUUCGCCGGCAAUACCUCACCUUUUUUCGACGCAUUGAUCCGACUCCUCUCACAUGGUAUGAAUUCAUUGAGCCGUUGACUCUGGUGACGCGAUCCACAGUCACUGUACCCGGUGUAGCCUAUACCAUGGUGUUCCUUUGGGGCAGCAUCCUGGUCACAGUCGAAGUCCCAGCUCUUUUACAAGAGAAAUAUCACCUCUCCGUACAGGCUCUAGGCCUACAGUUUAUAUCCACCAUAUUGGGAUCCUUCCUCGGCGAAGUCAUUGGCGGAGCAGGGUCUGACUACUGGAUGAACUCGCGAAGACGACGGAAGCAGAGAAAUACACCUGCAGAAUAUCGACUGUGGCUUAGCUAUUUUGGAUUCUUAUUUGCUAUUGUGGGCACAAUUGUGUUCUUAACUGAGAUUCAGUUUACUCCCGCAGGCCGCUGGUCGAUUAAGCCUAUGGUUGGUGCUACGAUUGCCUGCAUGGGCAAUCAGAUCGUUACCACGGUGCUCAUGACAUACGCAGUAGACAAUAACAUGGAAAAUGCUGCUAGUGUUCCCGUCCAUGUUCAAGUCAGUAGGACACGCCAAAAGCGCAGCCAUUGCGGUAUGCCUAAUGAUAGCAAUGUUACUGUUCCUCGGUAA